CUGCUCUGCAACCGAUUCAGGAACCACUCGGUUCUGGGAACCGACCUGCCGAGGCGUAGAACUGUCAUGAGAUGGACUCAGAAACUGUGGCUUCUCUUUCUGCUCAUAGCAAUGGCAUGUGGACAGAAGACAACAGGUUCUUGCCAGCCACGUCCCUCGUGCCAUGAAUGCAUCCGUUCCCACCCCAGCUGUGCCUGGUGUAAACAACUGGAUUUUGUGCCAGCAGAUGAGUCAGACGCAGCCCGCUGUGCAACUCGGCUGGAGCUGGAGCGUCGCGGUUGCCUCCCUGGUGAGGUCAUAGACCCUCGUGGAAAGCAGCAUAUCCUGGAGGACAGGCCCCUCAGCGAGAACCCCCAACACGAGAGCAUCACUCAGCUGGCACCCCAAAGGAUUGCUCUGCAGCUACGGCCUGGGGAAGAGCAGAAUUUUACUGUGCGCUUCAGAAGGGCUAAAGGCUACCCUGUGGACCUGUACUACCUUAUGGACCUAUCCCACUCCAUGAAGGACGAUCUGGAGAACAUCAAAAGGCUGGGCAGUGACCUCUUGGCUGCCCUACAGAAUAUCACUACCUCUGUGAAAAUUGGGUUUGGCUCCUUCGUGGACAAGACAGUGCUACCCUACGUGAGCACCUCACCUGCCAAGUGGCUCCACCCCUGUCCGAGUGCCAAUGAGCCCUGUCAAUCACCGUUCAGCUAUCGGCACGUGUUGGCGCUCACCGACAACGCCAGUGAGUUUGAGAACAGAGUCAGCCAGCAGUUUGUCUCGGGGAACCUAGACAUGGCCGAGGGAGGCUUCGAUGCUAUCAUGCAGGUGGCGGCUUGCAAGGAACAGAUUGGCUGGCGGGACGUGACAAGGCUGUUGGUCUUCACUUCAGAUGGCACUUUCCACACAGCAGGGGAUGGGAAGUUGGGUGGAGUCUACCUUCCUAAUGAUGGGCACUGUCAUCUGGAUGAAAAUGGUCUAUACACUGAAAGCCACCUCUAUGACUACCCCUCUGUUGGACACUUGGCUGAGGUGUUGUCAAAGUCUAACAUACAGACCAUAUUUGCUGUGACUGGUCCCAGGCUUUUAAUGUAUGAGGAUCUGAGCAAACUCAUUCCCAAAUCAGCUGUUGGAGAACUGAAAAAAGAUUCCAGCAACGUGGUACAGCUGAUUACUGAUGCCUAUAAUAGCCUCUCAUCCACCGUGAACUUGGAACACUCCUCAGACCUCCCUCCCGGCAUCUCAAUUGCUUACGACUCACACUGUGGCAACCUGGAAACAUUUGGACACACACAGGGUGGAGAAUGCUCAGGCGUACACGUCAACCAGUUGGUACAGUUCACCGUAAGGAUAAAUGCCACCAUCUGCCUUCCUGAUUCCCAGGAUCUGAUGCUACGAGUGCUUGGAGUAGUGGAGGAACUGCGGGUCCAACUGUUGACAAUGUGUGAGUGCCAGUGCAGAGAUGUCCAGCCCUAUGCACCACACUGUUCUGGUGGCCAGGGCAACCUCACCUGUGGUGUUUGCAGCUGUCGGGAGGGCUACAGAGGCCGUCUCUGUGAAUGCAAGCAAGAGGACCAGGGUCACCCAGAAGCCAGCUGCCGUGAUGGAAACAGUACUGGUCCCGUGUGCAGUGGCAAGGGCCAGUGUGUCUGCGGAAAAUGCCAGUGCAACGCCCACGCCAGUGGGCCGCUUUGCAAGUGUGAUGACACCAGCUGUGAACGACACAAUGGGGAGCUCUGUGCAGGUAAUGGACAGUGCAGGUGCGGCGUUUGCGAGUGCCAGAGUAACUACACUGGCAGUGGAUGUGAAUGCAGCCUGGACACCAGUGGAUGCCUGAGGGAGGGUGCUGUAUGCAGCGGCCAUGGGCGUUGUGUCUGCAACAGAUGCCAAUGUGAGACUGGCUGGCUGGGCAGUCACUGCAGCCACUGUGCCGAGUGCCGGACGCCUUGUGAGCAACACAGGGACUGUGCAGAGUGCAAAGCUUUCGGGACAGGCCCCCUGCGUGGGAACUGCAGUGUUUUUUGCAACCAGACAACAAGGGUCGUGUCAGCAUCUGCUGUGGAUGAGAAAUGGUGCAAGACGACAGUUGAAGAUGGCAGCCUCCUCUUCUACCUUGUGGAGGAGGACAAGACUGAUGGCAUCACCCUGACUAUGAACAUCCAAGAGGGCACUACUGACCAGACGCUCAAGGUGGUGCUAGGCUUGGUGCUGGGCCUUUUGAUUGCUGGACUGUUCUUCAUGGGCCUAUAUCGCUGUGUGGUGGAUUUCUGGGACCGGAGGGAGGUCAAGCGCUUUGAGGAAGAGUGCAAACGGGCCAGGGGGAAUGAGGUGAACAACCCACUAUUCCAGAGAGCCACCACCACAGUCGUAAACCCCCAGUACAUCAAGGACUAAUGCACUGACUGGAAGGAGAAAGAAAACCUGGCCUGAAACCUGAUGAAAUGUUAAUCUUGGGCUGGAGAGACCCAAGUUCAGGUCACUGUUCAAGCUGCCAUACUCAGCCAGAUCACCUCAAGGCUGUCCUUCCAACCAAGUCUCUUCAGAGGAUAAAAUAGGAUAACUCCACUGAGUUGCCAAGUCACUUUUAAGGAAACAUUAGAGCGCUGUUGGAGUACAAAUGUGCACAUGGAGUAAUGCACAUAUCUUCCAGCAAGCCUUCUGAAUUGUGAUUCUGUGAAAGGAUGUCCACCAGAAAGCUCUGUGCUCCCCUGCCCCAGCAAAACAAUUUUUAAGAGGGGGAGCUAUGACUCACCAGGGGUUUUUUGUUGUUUUGUAUCUUGUGUGCAUGUGCAUGCCUGCCUAGAAGUCAUGGUGACCCCUACUGGGGCAUGGAGAAUGUAGAGAGAAGUAGCUUGACACAACUUGAUUCUGCCUCCUGGUCCUGGUAUUCCUUGGAGGUUUCUAGUCCAGGUAUGUGCCAGGGCCAGCC